UUCCGUCGUCGUCGCCAAAAGGAUGCACAGCACAGCUCACAGCUGCAGGUCCUAGCAUCUCCUCACGCGGCCAACAACUGACCUUGAAGAAGAGCUCUGAUGGUUCUCCUCUUGUGCCUUCUCUGGAGUCUUAGUUAUCAGGGACCACACUUGCUGCAAAAGGAUUAGCUCGGCGAACUAAGCGAUCAGGAGAAAACAAGGGUGAUACUUCAACUGCAGAGUGCAGAGAGAGAAAGAAAGAAAUACAAAAUGGGGAAGAGGAGUCAAAGACGACCUAUGCGACGUCAGGAGAACAAUAUAGGCUGCAUGUCGGGCCUCAUUCGCAUGUUCUAUUUUCGCCAAGACGCCAAGCUCCUGUUGGACAGGAAGCAAGGGAGCAGAAGGCACACUUUCAGUGGAUUUGCUGGAAGAGGGCAUUCAAGAAAGAAAUCUAGAGACUUUGAGGAAAUAGAUGAAGACUUGGAUAACAUGGAGGAAUGCAGGUCAAGAAAACCAACAGUCAAAAGACUUAUGGAGGACGAGUUAAGAAAGGUAAAACAGUUGAAGAUUACAAAUGAUGAGGUUCAAAGAAUAUUAGCUGACCUGAGACAUGGUGUCUGUCUGGACAAAAGUUCAAUGCAGAACAGCAAAUCAAAGGGAGACCAAAAUCACAACACAAGCAUCACAGUGACUUCCCCAUCUGGAUCUUUGGAUCCCAGUGGUUCCAAGUGCAUGAAAGAAGCAGAAGAAAAUGAACUUCAACUUGCCUUGGCAGAUUUCCUGGGACAAAUCCAUAGUUGCCAUGAUGAGUGGCCACAUAAAAAUUGCAAGAAUAAAAAUGAACUGUGUACUGAGCUGAGGUCUAUAAUCCAAACGAAGCUUGAUGAGUUGAAUAGUCCUUGCAGUCUUGCUUAUGAGCAAACUCCACAGAAUGAGGAAAGUGAGAUUGCUGGUGGCAAACAUCUUUGUAGCAGCAGGGAAGCUCAACCCAAAAAAUUCAGAGAUGCAUUAGAGAUGCUAAGCUCAGACACUGAACUUCUCUUGAAGAUACUUCAGAAGCCGAAUUCACAUAUUUUGGAGAGCAUCCAAAGGCACCAAAACAAACAGAUAGGGACCAACCUAGAGCCCACGAAAACGCCAGAGAAUGCCGAGUCCGUAGAAGAUACUAAGAGUCCAAAUCAGGAUGAGUUGUCCACCAAGACACGUGGUAAAGAGAGCAGGCAUAUCUUUUUCUGGAAGAAGGAAAGAUCAAACAGAAAGCAUACUACAGAAGGAACCAAUAGUUCUCAGCCAGUUAACAAAAUAGUUAUACUGAAGCCAAAUCCAAGAAGAGGCAUUGACCCUACCACGGCCACUAGUUCAACUCAAGCUCCAGAAUUGAGUGCAAAUGAAAAUUCAAAAUUUUCAAUUAAGGAUGUCAGGAGGAGAUUCAGAAUCGUGACUAGCGAAGCUAGAAAAGGAAGACCCUCAGUGUAUGAAGAUAACCUCCAAAGAGAUCCAUAUUGGCUCAAAAAUUCAGCUUUCACAAUUAAAAAAGGCACCAGACUGCUCGCUGAACAGGCCUCAGAAGGGGAAGCUUCACCUACUGCUAAAAAGAAUGUUAGACCUUCAACCAGCAGUAGGCCAAAGCAAAGAAAUGAUGGACCAGGGGAAAUUAACAGUGACAUAAUUACAUCAUCAAAGGGUGUAUCUGUCUUCUACGAUGAGGCCAAGAAACAUCUAACAGAGAUUCUGAAGGACAAAAGUCAAACCGCCAAGUACCCAACACUUCAGAUCUCAAGGUCCUUAGUAAGAAUGCUUUCCCUCCCUCAAUGCAGCACACCAUCACCUAGAAGUAGCCCUAAAGAAAAAGACUGCAUUGACCUUUCACCUGAAGAGGCAAAUAUUUGUGCCAUAUACAAGGCAAAGAGAGAGAAAUUUGCAAAAGAAGAAAGCCAAUCGGGGGAAAUUUCAAAAAGUGUUGCGUGUGGUCCUAGUGAAGCACUGCAUGAGCAGGCUGUUGAGGAAAGCCAUUGCAUCAAAGAAGAAAGUCAAGUAACAACACAAGACGGUGCUGAGCUUGACACUGUGCACACUGAAGAAAUUAACAAGCUGGGUUGCUCAGAAAAAAUGAGCAAUGCAUGGUGCAUCCCAGAAGAGCGAUGCAGAUAUAACUCCACUCUAAAUGUGGUGGAAGAAGCAGAACCAGGAAAAGAGCAUGUUUGGAUGUUUCCAAGCUCACAUGAGAAUGUUGUUGAAAAGCCAGAAUACCAAGAGCCGGCAACUCCCCGAUCAAGUGAUUUGCACAAAGAUAUCUUGAGGUCGCAGUACACCUCAGAUGAUGGAUUGGACCAAGGGAUUUUCUGGGAGGACAAGGAUGUCAGGUUAGGUUACAUAAAGGCACUGCUAGAGCUAUCAGAAUUAUGCACAUACCAGAAUUUAGAGGUAUGGUAUAUAGAGGAUGAAUUAAUCAGCCCUUGCUUGUUUGAAGAACUACAUCAAGGAGAUCAAAUAGAUGAUACAAAGCUCCUCUUUGACUGCAUUUGCGAAGCUGUGACAGAAAUCCAGAGUACAUACUUCAGAAGUCCCCCAUGCUUAUCUUCUCUCAAACACAACAUAAGGGCACCUCCAAUGGAACAAAAUCUCAUCUCAGAAAUCAAUAAGCAUGUUGAGCGCCACCUCCAUUAUCAAUUUCCAAGCACGUUAGACCAGCUAGUUAGCAUGGAUCUUAAAGAUGGCAGUUGGAUGGAUCUUCGAUCAGAAAGUGAAGAGAUCACUGUGGUGAUAUGGGACUUCAUACUAGAUGACAUAUUAGACGAAGUUGCUUACAAUUUGUGGAUUUGA